AUGGCACGUCUCGAGAAACUGUCCAAGAGCCGCCCACCGCUGCAGGUCCAGACCGCCAGCGCUCAAAAUGUCCUCCACCGUCCUCAAUUCCGUCACCCACCUUCCCCUUCGCAGCCGGUCUCUGCGUGUUCCCCAGGGUGGGCUUGUUCGAGCAGAAACAACAACAACAGCCUAUCCCUCUACGCAGCGCCUCCUACGCCUGCGACCCCUGGACCGUACAAUCGAGAUCGAAACUGGAGCGUCUCGUCGGCUCCGUUGUCCCCUCCUGUGCCGAUGCCACAUUCCAGCCGUCCACGAACAAUGGUGAGGAGGACUUCUUGUCCGGAUUUGUCGAGGGUGGUUUCGCAGACGGUGGAGAUAUUGGCGAAUGAGGCUGCAUUGGCGAAUGAGGCUGCGUGGGAGCGGGAUUAUGGUUCGUAUGUGGAGGGUGUACAUGGGAGUUUGUCAAGGAAGCUGGAUCAGAUUAUCACGUUGAUUGAUGAGGGGUUGUUUAAUCGGGAUAGGGAUUUGGCGUUUGCGCCUCCGGUUUAUGAUGAUGACUACUAUCAGGCGGUGCCGGGGUUUAGGAAGUCGAAACAUAUGCAGAAUGUGGCAGAAUACUUCUCGAAGGUUUAUCUUUACUACAACUCGCGGCUGCCGGCUCAAUUGCCGCCGCUGAAGCUGAGCAUAUAUACCCCAACCUACACACUUCUCCGUUUGGCCGCACGAUACUCGCGACAGGUCUAUCAGAAGCCCGUCGGUCCCGAACGACAGUGCUACAUCGACGCGGAUUGGCGCCAGGGUACCAAGGCCAUGGUCAUCAAGUCGAUUCCUCUCGACCAUAGAAAUGCUAUCGUCUUCGCGAUUCGCGGCACUCAAAGUUUCCGCGACUGGACCAUCAACCUGAAAACCGAUCCGAAGUCCCCGAAAGGGUUUCUUGACGACCCGGAUAAUCUCUGCCACGCCGGAUUCCUAUCUGUUGCACGGAGGAUGGUGGGUCCUGUCGCAGCUCGCCUGCGCAGUUUGCUAGCUGAAGAUCCCAAUCGGGUGGCACACUCUCUAAUCAUCACGGGACACUCCGCUGGGGGUGCAGUUGCUAGUCUGCUGUUUUGCCAUAUGCUUUCGGAUUAUGUGCAGUCUGAACUGACUCAUCUGCGUCCGUUUUUCAAACGGGUGCACUGUGUGACAUUUGGGUCGCCACCAGUGUCCAUCCGGCCAUUACAACUUCCCCGGUGGAAUGCCCGGUCACCCAAACGGUCCAUGUUCUUUGCCUUCAUUAACGAGGGUGAUCCCGUGCCGCGUGCAGAGAAAGCAUACCUUCGUUCUCUAUUGGACCUGUAUGUCUUGCCUACAAAGGCGCAGGGCCAGCCGAGAAACUGGAAAGUCCCCCGAGCGACACUGUCAGCUGCUGGACGGCUGGUGCUGCUGCGGAGAAAGCAGCCAGUCGUGUACCCAAGUUUACCCGGCUCCGAGGGGGUCGAGGCGAGUAUUAUUACUCAUGGCCAGUUACGGGAAGUGGUGUUUGGAGACCCUCUGAUGCACACGAUGGAUCUGUAUGCGAGGCGGAUCGAGGAGUUGGCCCGCAAUGCGGUGCAUUACUCGGUUUAUUCGGCAUGA